AUAAAAAAGAAUCUUGUGAUCUCCAAACAAAAGAUGCUCAUAUUGCAAAAUAUGUAAUUUGUAAAGAAUUAUUAAGUUCUUAUGAAUCUCAUCAUAAUAUUCCUUCUCCAACUGAUCCUCAAAUAGGACCAAGCAUGAAAGCUAUAAUUAGAGAACAACCUUAUAUUGAUAUAGUUUUUAAAACUUUAAAUAUCUCUGAUAAUAAAGAAGAAGUUGCAAAAAUAGAGUCUAAUAGUAAUUAUGAGAAAACUAUAAUAGACUAUUCUGCUCCUAAUAUUGAAAAUGAAGAUAAAAAAGAAUUUGAACAUAUUAAUAAUCUUGACAAUAGCUUUGGUUAG